AACUCCAAAUUCUCGUAACGCAAAUAGAAUGUCAUAAUAUUUUCAAAUUCCUGUUCCAAUUCACUUCUCUAUUUCAAAUUUCUUCAUUGCAAAGUGAAAAUUCGCAGUACGAUGAUGUUGCUGCGAAAUAUUUUUAAAUUCCAAUCGAAUUAUUAUCGUUUUUCGAGUAAAUUUCAAUCAAACUUUGAAAGAAUACCUUCGAAAUUAAUAACUUGUAAUUUGUGUACGUUAAGAAAGAAAAAUACAAUCGGUAACAUUGUAAAGUACUGGCGUCAAGAAUUUGAAAAUAAUUCGAUAGAUCCGAUCGAAUCAAUCGAGUAUAUUGUCGCUCAUGUUAUUGGCACGAAGAAGAAAAGACAAUUAGGAAGUCAACAAGAAAAAGAACUCACGACAGAUGAAAUGGAAAAAAUAGAAAUGCUCUCUAAACGUCGAUUAGAAAGAAUUCCAGUUCAAUAUUUAAUAGGAGAAUGGGAAUUUCGUGAUAUCACCUUAAAAUUAGUGCCUCCGAUAUUUAUUCCCGAGCCACAGACAGAAAUGCUAAUCGACUUCGUUCUCCAACGAGUGUCAAAUAGUAAUUUUGAUUCUUGUGAAGUAUUAGAAGUUGGUUGCAGUACUGGAGCAAUUAUCCUCUCUCUUCUAAAUGCCUGCAACAAGAUUAGGGCAAUGGCACUCGACACAAACAUAAAUGCCUGCAAUUUGACGUUGGAAAAUGCGAGAACAUUGAAACUCGAUGAUCGAAUAACAGUGAUAAAUGCCACAUUACAAGAAGAUGGAACAAUAAAAAAUUCACCUGAGGAAAAAUCCAUUGACUUGAAUAAAAAGAAACUUGAUAUAAUUGUCAGUAACCCACCUUAUGUAACAACCAAACAAUAUGUCAAAUUUCCACCUGAAAUUAAACUACACGAGGAUGUGAGGGCCACAGAUGGUGGACCCGAUGGUUUGAGAGUUGUUAAGCCGCUCUUAAAUUAUUCGGCAAAUGCAUUAAAACCGGGAGGUCGACUUUUUAUCGAAAUAAAUCCUGUCAAUUCCGAAUAUAUUCCAUUUUAUACCGCAAUGAAUACGAAAUUAAAACUUAAACACGAGGACACAUACAAAAGAUUUAUCAAAUUACGAUCGAUUUGUCGAACUUUCGAAAUUAAUUUAGCUCAAAAAAAUUAACACAAAAAAUAUAAUCACGUUUUUGUCUCAAUUUGAUAUCAUUACAAAAACUGAGUACUCAAAAAAAAUCAAAAGUCUACAAAAACGUCAAAUAACAAAUACAUACAUAAAAUAAAUAAAAGAGCAAACGCACAUUAAAAUAAUAAUAUAAAAACAUUCAUACACAAUUAAACGCAAUAAUAAACAGAAUUAUUUUCCACAUUACGAUCUAGGUCUCAUAAAUUUAAGCUCGUACCUAAAUUAUUUUUUAACAAAAGCAUAAAGAGAUAUUUAUAGAAAAAGAUAAACUGAUGAUUCCCGUGAAAAUAUCAAUUUAUUUCAACGGGUUAAUACUGUUUAAACAAUGGCAUUAGAUAUUUUAAAUUUUGCACAUUGUCGAGCACAAAAAAUAAAUUUUUCGUUAUAAAUUAGUCGUUGAUUAAUAUUCUACUUUCGGCUUGCAUCACUUAACAAAAAAAAUUUUUAUAUAAAAAAAGCCGAAUUUACAGAGACUUAAAAAAAUAACUACGUGCUUAAGCACUAAAAAUUGAUUACAAAACUAGUCAUUAUCAUCAUCAUCAUCAUCAUUUAUAUCUAUUAAACAAAUUAUAAUCGUUGUACAAUGUUUUUAAAAAAUAGUAAAUAUAAUCCAUUAACAAGAAAUAAUUUUGUAUAAUCUAUUAAUAAAAUGUUUGUUUGUGUAAAUUCAGUCAAAAUUAAUAACAAUGGCUGAUUUUUUUUUCCCCAAAGCAAAAUCGAUAAAAACAAAAACCAAUAAAUCAACUUUUACAAAAAGAGAAUUCACAGGUGAAUUAAAAAAUUAGUGAUCUAAAAAGUAGAUUUAUUGGUUAGAUAUACUUUUUUUAUCGUCGAUUAAUAUAUUUUGAUAAUUAAUACUGAUUUUCAUAUUAACACGGAAAUAUAAACUUUACUUUGUUUUUUCUUAUUUUAUCGAAAUAGAAAUGUGCGAUCAAUUGUGUGAUUCAUUUAUGUAAAAAAAGCACAUUCUUUUAUAGCAAAAGGAUGAGUUAAAAAAAAUUCUAGGCACUGAUUUUUAUAGGCACAUUUAUCCUGCAAAUAUUGAAAACUUUUUUUUUUUUAAAAUAAAAUUAUUUGUGUGACAGAUGUAACAGAUCUGUGAAAAAAAUAAUGAAUAAGUACACAUGAAGACAUUAAUGAAGCAUUGAUUCGACUAAUUUAAGCUAUCUAGAUAUAAUUCGCUAUAUUAUAAUUAAAAUUCUUCUACUAAUACGAACCACUGGUGGUAUUAUAAUUAAAGCCAUAUAAAAAUAAAGAUUUCGCAAAAUUUAAUAAAAUAUUUUCAAUUCUCGAAAGUUUCUUUCUUUCUUUCUUUCUUUCUUUCUUU